GCGCCCUGGGCGCGCCGUCCGCUGCAGUUUCACUUUUGUGUCCGGGUGGCUGCGCCUCGAGGCUGCCUGAUUCCUUGGCGGCUCCGGGGCAGAGAAACGCAAGAACCUAGCCGGCAGAACGUCCCCGCUUCGCUUGGUGGGCCAGCAGGUCACGGAUCAUGCCAUCGGCCUUUGCGCGGGUGGUCAGAAGUGUAAUCCAAGAGCUGGACCAAAGCAGGGAGCUCGUUCCGGUGAACAGCCUGCAGAACUCCAGCAGCUUCAGGCCCUACUGCCUGCUGAGGAGGAAGCCCACCAGCUUCUGGUUCUGGACACCCCGUUACACCUGUGUCAACCUGUCAAUCAAAGACAUCUUGGAACCUAAGGCCCCAGAACCAGAGUUGGAACGUGAUGGCCCCUUCCACUUCUCUGAUGCCGUGGACGGGCGGGUGCAGGGCAGUGUGGAGCUGGCAGCCCCGGGACAAGGGAAGAUCUCAGGUGGAGCUGCAGUGUCUGGCAGCUCCAGCACUUCAAUGAACGUGUGCACACUGCGUGUGGCUCCAAACACCUGGGAAGCCAUGCGCCAGGAGAGGCACCUGCGGCAGCCUGAACACAAGGUCUUGCAGCAACUGCGGAGUUGCAGGGAUGACUUGUUUGUGGUGACAGAGGUCCUGCAGACACAAGAGGAGGUGCAGGUCACCCGGACCCACAAGCAGGAGGGCUCAGGCCAGUUUGCACUGCCUGGAGGCAUGUGUUUGCAGGGUGAGAGCCAGGGCCACCUGAGCCAGAAGAAGAUGGUGACCAUUCCUGCAGGCAGCAUCCUUGCAUUCCGAGUGGCCCAGCUGCUCAUAGGCUCUGACUGGGAUAUCCUUCUCUUCCCUGAUAAUAAGAAGAGGACCUUUGAGCUGUCCCCCACAGACCACAGCAAAGCAAGGGUCCAGCAGCACACCUUCAGCCUGUCCUCCACACUACGGUCCAUCUAUAACCGCCUGAAGUUCCUGUCAGAUGGAACCCCUGAGGACUGGGUGCUCAGUAAAGACUUCCAAGGUCUGCGAUCAGAGGUGGAGGCUGGCUCCAUGGAACUGGAGCGUCUGGAGGUGGAACUGAGGCAGCAGCUGCUGGAGAACCUCAGGAGGGUCCUGCGGGACCAGUCCAUCUUACAAGCUUUGGAGGCCUCGCUGGAGCAGGGGCUGUUCAGCGGCGGGCAGGUGGAGCCUCUGGACGGCCCAGCAGGCACCAUCCUUGAGUGCCUGGCGCUCCCCUCUGGAGUGCUGGUGCCGGAGCUUGCUGCUUCUGUCUACUACCUGCUGGGGGCGCUGACUGCGCUGAGUGAAACCCAGCACCAGCUGCUGGUGGAGACGCUGGAGACGGGGGCGCUGCCAGGGCAUCUGGAGCUGGUGGAGCACCUCUUGGAGCAGAGCACUCCCUGGCAGCAGCGGAGUGUUGUGGCCCUGCCCCCUGGGCAUCUUGGGAGCAACUGGGGUGAAGCGGCACCUGCCUGGGUCUUACUGGAGGAAUGUGGCCUAGAGCUGCAGGUGGACAUGCCCCAGGUGCGCUGGGAGCCAGAGGCCCAGGGUCCCACAUGUGCCCUCUAUGCCUCCCUGGCACUGCUAUCAGGACUGAGCCAGGAACCCUGCUAGCCUUCAUGCCUGUACAGUCAUCCAGCCAGGGAAGAAUGUGUGCCCAUCCUUCUCCACCUCUAGGAAAGCCAAGAACCCAAGUCAACUCCCAAGGCCAGUUCACUGUGAGGCCCAGGAAUUGGGGAAACUCAAUAAAUGAAAUUUGCAAAGAAAAACAAAACAAUGAGUGAGUUUUAUGGGGCCUGGAUCUGAGCAGAGGGUUGGAAUGGGGACUUCCCACACAGGAGCAGGUAAGACAGGAGAGCUGCCUCACUCCUGAUGUCCAUGAGGCUGAAGUGAACCUGCCCUGUUUGGACAUGGCCACAACCCAGCCUACCCACACUUGCCUGGAAAAGAUCCAUGGAGCAAUUUAGGGAUGACAAGUCUGUACCUGAGACAUGGAAAGACCCUCUGCCUCAGAGGACUUGGAGCACACAGCUGAGACAGCAGCCCAGUGCUCAGCCACAAUGCUGUGUGGCAGGCAUAAGUGUGUGGCUGACAGUAUGGAAAUUCCACAGGUCUCAUUGCAUAGGAGAGCCCACUCCUCACAGGGGCUCAGCAACAUGUGGGCUCCAUGUGUAGGGAGAGAUGUGCAUCACUAAUGUGGCCAGUGUGUGAGGCCAUCCCUGGGAGGAUGGACAACCUUGGAGAAUUGUCUGUAAAUUUGUGAUUUUGUCUUUC